AUGGCCAAGAAGGACGCACGACGCACCUGGGCCGAGCACUUCCUGUACAUGGUCGCCGUCAGCGAGGCACGCGGUGGUGCCGACUCGCUUAUUCUUGAUAACAUCGUCCACCACGCUUCGCCGGAGCUGGCGAACGUGAUGCGCUCCAAGUAUGAGCCCACUCGACUCGACUACCUGCGCCAUGCUAAGGAGCUGGCGCACUUCGCGCAGUCCAUUGAGCACGGAAGCAGCGCGGUGGGUCGUGAGGUCGUCGCCGCGCACGUGGAAGGCAAACUUAAGGGGGCGAUCACGUGCUACCGAUGUGGGCGACCAGGCCACAUCGCAGCCGACUGUCGCACGCGAGUCUUACACGAAGACGAGACACCCGCGGAGAGUGGAGGCGCCAGCAUGAUCCUUGCACUGACCGAAAAGCGCAGAGCGACCACGAAGAAGCGCAACAGGAGAAAGAAGGGCUCGCGCGGCAGGGACGCCGCAGCGACCAAUGUAAGCGAUGGGGCGCGAGCCAUAGACGACUCAUGCGGCUUCGUGCUUACGACGAGCGACGGAGUAAGAGCCACGGACGGCACGCGCGGCCUCGUACUUGCGGCGACCGAGGGGACUGUACCUCGAUAG